ACUGGCUCGUAGAUCGCAUAGCUCUAUCAUCAACUCUCAACUCUUCAAAUAUAACAUACCACUCGAUCACUGGCUAACCGUCUUUCUCAUCUAUAACCGAGUCGCAAUCAUCGUUGCGAAAUUUAUCGCCAGACGAGGCACAAAGGACGAAGGGAUCCGAGUCACCCUCGUAGCGUGGAGCCGGGACAACGACGAUAAGACAAGUCGAGUCUAGCACUCAAAUGAGCGUCCCUGGUCGCAAACCUCCAUCGCGAUCGGGAUCCGGAUCGUCUCAGACCCACGGUCCAGCCUACUUGCAGCACUCACAACCGCAACAAGGCAUGUGGAAUAAUCUAUCGAUGGUCUCGAGCUUCCCGCCUUCAAACGGCGGCUAUGACCGCUACCCGGGUCCUUCGCAACCUCCCUCAAUGUCCCGUAUUUCCAUACCUACUUCCUCUUCCUUUCAUCAAGGGAACGGACUCCCCAUGAGCAUGUUCCCGCCUCAAACUCAACAGGGAAACGGGUACGGCGAAGGUCCGAGGAGAGAUUCUCACCAAGCGGUCGAGAUGGCCGCCUCUGCUCUUGCCAACCUGGGUAACGGGAGCUCGACCAACCCCAAUCCAGGACCGAGUGGUAUCAAGAACGAAAUCACAGAGGCCGGUCCAAGCCAGACGAUUCGCAGACAAGUAGAUGAAGCGGCUGGACACGAGUCGGCUGCAGGGCCGGGCGCAGGGAACAAGAAGAAGAGGAAACCGAAACAAGGGGAGAAUAUGGAUGAGGAUGGGAGACGAAAGACGGCUCGAGCGUGUGAUCAGUGUCGGACGAAAAAGAUCCGGUGCGAGAUCAUCAUUGCACCGGACUCGGAAGACGCACAUCCCAGAGGAAUGUGUAAGCACUGCCAGCAUACAGAAAACGAGUGUACAUUCUAUAUGCCCAUCGCGGAGACCAGGUUCAAAAAGCGAAAAGUAGCGGAGGAAAGCCAGACCUCUUCGCCUCAGAACAAGUUGUCUCCCGAACCCCAUCCCACAACUGUCCCCGAGUCCACCUUGGUCAAAGAACGAAGAACAAGUCAAGCGGAUGCUCAGCAAUAUGGCGCACCGUAUACACUAUCUCCGAACGAGCUCGGCCCACCAUCCAUCAGCAGCGAUCGGGUCGAAAUCGGUGAACAUCAGGUCUUGGUUCCCAAAGCAGGUAUGGCAGGCAGAGUGCUAGGACAUGGAGGCCGAGUCGAAGGCCCGACGUCGUUGUCGUAUAUACUGCAUUCCACCGCUUCUCUCCCGAGACAAAAUCUUCAAGAAUAUGAUAUAAGAAAUCACCAGACGUGGCAGUUUACCACCGACGACGGUGAUGGAAUCAUCAGAGUUUGCAACCCGCCUACAUCCUCCUCCUUCAAACAGGGGAGCGGUUAUACAGAAUCAUCACCAUCGGAAAGCUCGAAUCAACCUCAGAAACCGGUCCUCACCGCCGCUCUCAUCUCGACACUGGUCAAUUCCUACUUUACCCAUAUCGCACCCUUGUUCCCGAUCGUAAAUAAGAAGGAAUUCGUCAAGGGCGGCAAUCCACCUCCGCUGUUGCUUUAUGCGAUGGCAGGAGCGGCGAGUACCAGGCGGGGGGUCAAGAAGGAGGUCUUCAACGCCAUCAGGGCGGUGAUUAAUGGGUUGAUUCGGAAUAAUGAUGUCCUCAGCGACCCGUCCCUCACCAACGUUCAGGCCCUGCUCAUUCUGAACAUGGCGGCUGACAUUCAUGCUCAACCGACCUCGACCGCGAUCGGAGCUUCUGUAACGCGAAUAUCGGCUGCCAUUAGGAUGGCGCAGAAUUUGGGUCUACAUCGAGAAAGCGUGGCCACAUCGAAUGACCCAGAGGAGAUGACCAAGAUCGAGCUCAAGCGACGGGUCUGGGCGGUCUGUGUCAUUUUCGAUCGAUGGGUCGCCGCUUGUCUUGGACUGCCGAUGCUCAUCGACAUUACGGAUUGUGACUGCCUGUUGCCUUCGCCAUACGAAAUCACUUCCAACCCGGAUGGCACCACCGCUUGGCAUAUCACCGAACACCAACCAUACGCUAUCUUGACAGAACACCUCAAACUAUCCAUCCUGUUGGGUCGUGUCUUGAAAUGCGUGUACAGCCCGGUAGGGUUGACGCAGACGACGAACGAGCAGCUUAGCAGUCUGAUCAACGACAUGAACGAAUGGCAAGUCCAAUUACCUUCCGAGCUGCAACAUACGGACCAGGACAGCGACAUGGGUUGUGGACUGCUGCAUCUCGGACACGUAGCGAUGCAAUUCCUCUUCUGGAGAACGUUCAUGCGUCUCAACUAUUCUCUGCCAGCACACGUCAAACUGAGCAUGGAUGUAGCCACUUGGAGUAAACUCGUCAAGUGGUCGACAGACGCUAUCAACUGGUUGCGGAAUCACGAGGAAGCCAUUGACACGGUCUUUAUUUACGCAUACGCUAUCAAUAAUGCGGCCUUGAUUCAGUAUCACACAUGGGUCAGACGGUGUACGCCAGAAUCGUUAGAGAUGCUAAAAAUCCUACGUGACGUCGUGCAGCGGUGGGAAGAUGCAGUGCAGCCCGAUCACAUGAGCAUUCGACGGAAGACGAUCGAAAUCAUGACAUUGCUCUACGAAGCAGCAAAGAAGGUGCACACGCCAAACGGGGGCCUAGGCACCGCUGCCUUGAAUCCCACACCGGGACUUAAACGCCGGGACCCUGAGCUGUUCAAACGCAUCAUUUGGAAACCAGACCCCGAUGAUCCUGGAAAAGGCGUAUUUGUGGCUACCGAUAUGGGGUCGACUUCGCGCCAACUGGAGCGUGAAUUACCACCUGGCAUCCUGGUCACCCAAUCAGCAAUUGCAACCAAUCAAGAACCCAUCCUUCAACCAAGCAAUAAUCCUAAUAUGCAGCAACAACCCGGACAACAACCUCACAUGAAUCAACAACAUUACAACAUGCUGAACGGCGCCAACGGCGACCACCCGCAGACAGGUCCGAACAUGACUCAACUGGCGAAUCAAGGAACGAGUGUUUCGACCGAGCCGGUGUCGUAUCUGAACCUCAACCCUGGCUUGCAAUACUUUCCUCAACUGCCCAACGCUCCAGAAAAUGGAGAGACGGAUAUGACUAUGCUCCUGAGCAUGCUGGAUCAGAACAAUGCCGAAGCGCUUACACAGGCCCAGCUGCUGGACAACUCGCUACUCAGCGGACUUCCACCCACGUUCGAUUUCGACGCUUGGUCCGAGUAUUUCGGACGAUUCGACUUUGCCAAUAUGCCCUUUGAUCAGAACAGCAACUUUAAUCAGAAUUUCGGUUACACGGCGCGAUGAGCGCCCUUCGUCCUGUACCAGGAAUAUGAAUGUAUCCAUACCGUACAAGGCUGUCAUCGA